CCUGUAGUAUAGGCCUACUGUCAUACUGUCAGUAUAUUGACGUGUAGUUAGCAGAUGGAGCAGGGGGCUGAUCUCCACCUCCAGAGGUCAUCCUCUCUACAGUCACCACUUGUUGCCAGAGCAGCUCGGGGCUCCAGCAUUCAGCAGCAAACACAUUUCAAGUAUUUAUUCCGCCUAUCGAGACCUACAUGUCUGGAUGUUGAAUGCGGAACGUUACGCGGACUGAAGCAAGACUCCUGUGAUCCGGUUCCUAAUAUCUGGCGCAUCUGACGGACAGAAGCAUGGUUGAUAAUAUAGCUACUAAAUCUGCUUUGCAAGGCUCUUUCUCGUCCGCCAGCAGCCUACCCCUGCCCGCUCCCUCCGCAUCUUCUCACAGCCUCUUCCCCGGCUCACAGUCCCAGCAGCCCGCCAGCGGAGGCAUGAAGCUCGAAGCCGUCAUGGAGAACCUGCAGCGGCAACAGGCGGCGCGGCUGGCCCUGGAAGAGAAGCUCCGGCAGGCGGAGACAGAGAAAGACCUCCGCUCCAUGGUGGAGUCCCAGAUCCACCAACAAGCUCUGGCUUUCCGACACUACCAGGCGGCGAUGCGCGGCGCCCUGGCCGCCGGAGUUGCCAACUCGUCCCCCGGGGUGACGCUCCCACACAUGGGGGUCCGAAGAGCCGACGAGGACAGCUCCAGACCGGGCAGCGACGACAGGGAGCGGGACGAUGAGGGAGAGGACAUGGAUGAGCAGGACCUGAUGGAUGAAGACGAGGAGGGCGAAGAAGAUAUCGGUUUGAACCACUUCCAGCACCGGCAGUCCUCGCUCCUCCAGGGAGCCUGCCUGCCUCCGAAGAGCACCCCGAUGCAUCUCAUGGCCAGAGUCCCGGCGGCCUUCGCCUCGGGCCGGCACGCAGAGUCUCCAUCGGCGCCCCCGCCCCAGCACCACGACUGGACCUACGAGGAGCAGUUCAAACAGGUAGGACAGCCCGAGCUGCUCACACUGAAAGUAGCCGAAGUUACUCCACUGUUUGACCUUCUCCAGUCAUGUAUGUGCGCUCUGAAUAACCAUGCGGGUUCUUCAUUAGAUUUGCCAUCUAUUUAAAAUACAAGCUUGUGCCAUGUUAGCCUUCCUUUACGCAUUUGGAUACAUUGUUUUGGAGUGUCACUUCAUGUUGCUGUAUUUUGCAUUCUGAAGAAAAACAUGGUGAUGAAGAGUCUGUUAUCCAAAGGCUCUGUGUCGAAUGUAUUUGCAGAUAAUAAUGAAAAUGUCAAAUGGUGAAUAUGUUCAGCUAUCAGUUUCUGUUAGAAUGAGGCUUUCUAACAAACUGCGAAAUUAUUGCAUAAUAAUCAAAGUGUAGAUCAGAUAUAAAAAGAACAACUCACAAGUUGACAAGUUGUGAAGAUUCACAACAGCUCCAGAUUCCUUUAUUUACAUCAAAACAAGCAAUAUUUGAUAGGACACAAACUAAUAUAACUGUAUUAAAAUGACAGACUAUAAAGUACUCAGCUAUUU